AUGCCUCCCAACAAGAACAAAAGAAGUCUUGAGGAGAUUGUUGCUGCCGACGAUUCAGACGACGAAGACUAUGAUGACAAAGCUCCGGCUGCAUCCAGAACCAAACCUGCCAGGUCGCGCCGCCACCCCGGCGCACCGCCUCGCAAGAAGCAAAGAAAAGGGUAUGGGGGCUCGGAUAUCGAGAGUGACUCGGAUGUGGUGGAGUCGGAUGAUGAAACUUCGUUCCACGAAGAUGAAGAAGACGCGCCUGUGGAGACAAAUCCAACGACUGGACGACCUGUCCGAAGCGCGGCCAAAAAGGCUCACAAAUACGAAGAGAUUUCGGAUGGAGAUGAAGAUGAGCUUGCUGCUACGUCAGAAGAAGAAGACGAAAAGCAUCCACGGCGGCCGGGGAACGGAACUCCACAAAAACCGAAGAAGCUUAUUGUCACUCUCCAUGUGACACCUCGGCCAAGUAGAAGUGCAAAGAACAGAGCUGGAAGUUACGGCAUGAAACAGCCUGCUGGUCCCUCGUCAGCCAAUCAUCAAUCAGGGACUCGGAGGAGUAGUCGGCUCUCGCAUGAUCCCGAAGAGCAUUUGGUGAAGUUGACUGAUUCCGGGCAUCAUGCCGAAGUUGUCAGGGAAGGCUCACGGGACCCUGAAGGGAUUCCAGCAAGAGCGAUGAAUGGUGGAAAGGGCCUCAAGUACCCGUCAAAGAGUACAAUAGACGAAGAGUCACAAUCGCAACUAAGGGAAGAGGAAGUCGAAGAGGAGCUUGAAAUCAAAGCCUCACAACACGAAUUUCCCGAAAGCGAUCCUCUACAGCCAGAAGAACAUCCAGAAGAACGUGCCGGACCAUUACCACAUAUAUUCUCCGACAUCAUGGAGGCGGCGGCAACUGCACCAGACGUUGAAAGUGAUGGAGAAUUCAAUCCUGGACCCGCUGGCACGCAAGAGGAUGCCGGACUCGAAAAAACGGCAACGCAUGAAGACGAAGAUGAGGAGGAAGACGAAGUGAGGCCCGCCCGAGGCAGAGUGACACGUGAAGCGUCGAAGAGGCAGGCCGACACACCCGAAGUCGAGCCUGAGCCAAAGCGUCUACGCAACCUCAGGACUCGAAACCGGGCGGGAGCUUCGGGAAGUCGUCGGCGGAAAGCUCCAGAUGAAAGUAGUGACUUCAACCCUGAUGAACAGGAGGCUGCCCUUGAUGACUUGUCUAGCUCCAGCGAAUCCAAUGCGUCACCCCGCAAGAAGACCGACGAGGAUGAUGAGUACGAAGGGCAGAGCCAGGGCCGAAAAUCGAGGAGACUACGCAGUCAGGCUGCUUCACGUCAAAGGUCCGCGGAAGGAAGCGAGGACGAACUCGCCGCCGAGGUCGAAGAGCUGAAGGGAGAUGGAAGAAGACCUCGCCGUAAAGAGGCAGAAAUAACCUACGAGCCUCGUGGGCGACGGAAGGGGCCAAAGCCCAACUACAAUUUGUUGCGGAACCUGCAACCCCUUGAGGAGGAGGAUGAUCCGGCACCGUCUCCUUCAGCACGGGCUCGAAAGACGGGCGGUGGUGGUGGCGGGGGUUGGAACCGCCCACUGCUAAACACGUAUGGUCCAUUCGGUGGUGGCGGCGGUCUACCACCAGUUCUGGGAGGAGCCCCGCCGAGGGCUCAGGGUGGUGUAGACUCUGACAGCAGCGACGAUGAAGCCAUGGCGCGGCCGAGACCCGUCGGCGGUACAGUUGGCAUGACUCCAACUACUGCUGGGCCCUUGAAUCUCUUCCCACAAACCCUCAAUGCGGAUCCUGCUCAAAACACGGCUGGCACACCAGCAAACCUGGGCAAGAUCAAGGAUAAGCAGGCGUUGGCCGACGCCGAUCCUCUCGGAGUUGACCAGAGUGUCAGUUUCGACGGUGUAGGUGGUCUGCAAGGACAUAUCGAUCAGUUGAAGGAGAUGGUCGCGCUGCCUCUGCUCUAUCCAGAAAUCUUCAUGCGGUUCAAGAUCACCCCACCCCGUGGCGUACUGUUUCACGGUCCGCCAGGUACGGGUAAGACCCUGCUUGCACGAGCUCUCGCUACUAGUGUCAGCUCGCAAGGCAAGAACGUCACCUUUUACAUGCGUAAAGGCGCGGAUGCUUUGAGCAAGUGGGUUGGUGAAGCCGAAAGACAGUUACGGUUGCUCUUCGAAGAAGCUCGAAAAAACCAGCCCAGCAUCAUCUUCUUUGAUGAAAUUGAUGGCCUAGCUCCUGUUCGCUCUAGCAAGCAAGAACAGAUCCAUGCCUCCAUCGUCUCGACUCUCUUGGCAUUGAUGGACGGCAUGGACGGGAGAGGCCAGGUGAUUGUCAUCGGAGCUACCAAUCGUCCUGACUCUAUCGAUCCUGCCCUCAGACGACCGGGCCGUUUUGAUCGUGAAUUCUACUUUCCUCUGCCAGACACCGAGGCAAGAAAAGCCAUCAUUGACAUCCAUACGAGAGGCUGGGAACCUCCACUGCCGGAAGACACGAAGAAGGAAUUAGCUGAGCAGACCAAGGGAUACGGUGGCGCGGACCUGCGUGCUCUCUGCACAGAAGCUGCGCUCAACGCGGUGCAGCGUCGCUACCCUCAGAUUUACAGCUCCAACCAAAAGCUCGCGAUCGAUCCGAAAACCAUUGAAGUCACGCCCAAGGACUUCAUGAUCUCUAUCAAGAAAAUGACACCGUCCUCUGAACGAUCUGCAUCCUCGGGUGCUGCUCCGCUUCCCUCCAGCGUUGCUCCACUGCUGCAGAAUCAGCUCGAGGAGAUUCAGCGGGUGCUUGCGGAGAUGUUGCCACAGAGAAAGAGACUCACAGCAUUAGAAGAGGCUCAAUUCGAGGACGUCGCCGACGGUGGUAGUUUUGGCAGGGAAAGAAUGCAGCAAGCGUUCGAAACUUCCAGGGUUUUCCGCCCUCGACUUCUCAUUCACGGAAAGAUUGGUAUGGGCCAACAGUAUGUGGCUUCUGCCUUGCUCAACCAUUUUGAAGGCCUACAUGUGCAAGCUCUGGACAUUCCAACACUAUUCAGUGACACGGCAAGCUCACCCGAGGCGACUAUAAUUAGGCUGUUCUCUGAGGUUAAGAUGCACAAACCGAGUCUCAUCUACAUUCCCAACGUGCAGGAAUGGUACACUACGGUUGGUCCAGCGGUAAUCUCCACGUUCGUUGGGCUUCUGAGAUCCAUUAAGCCCACCGAUCCGGUACUGCUGCUCGGUUUUGCCGAAGGUGACUAUGAUGAUAUGGACGAGAGUAUGCGCCGAGAGUUCUUUGGAUACUCAAAGAAGAACCAAUUUCCGUUGAGAGAACCCGGUCAUGCAGAACGAGCCGAGUUCUUCCGCCACGUCAAAAGCUACAUCAGCACCGCGCCUGAUGACUUCCCAGACCCAGAACACAGGAAGAAACGCGAACUCGAGAAGCUUGACGUGGCGCCUCCCGAACCCGAGAAGCCUAAGACGCCUCCUUCGAAGGAGGAGCUCAAGGCACAAAAGAGACGAGAUCGCCAGACGCUCAACCUGCUCAAAAUACGCCUGCAACCGAUUAUGGAUCAGAUCCGGACCAAAUACAAGACCUUCCGGACAGGCGUCAUCGACGAGAGCCAAUUCCGAUAUCUCUACGAAGAAGCCGAUCCUGGCACGGUGACUUCAGAUUUGAACACAGAUGUCCUAGCUCGAGCGACCUACAGACCGUUCGAGAUUGGAAAGGAUGCACAUGGAGUGCCUGUGCUCGUCGACCAAGGCAACGGCAACUGCUACUAUAACCUCGACUCGGUCACGAUUGAGAAGCGGCUGAGUAAUGGAUAUUACAAGCGGCCAAAGGACUUUCUGGCCGACAUCAAGCGGUUGGCUAAAGAUGCGAAAACGAUCGGCGACGAACCACGCUUGCUCAAAGCGAACGAGCUUUUGGCCAAUGUCGAGGUCGACAUUGCGUCUAUCGAGAUGGAACCUGGUCUUGCAGCCGAGUGUGAACGGGUCUAUCAACGGGAGCUCGAACGAGAGAAAGAGGCUCUAGAGAAAGCAAGACAGGAUCAAAUGCCACCACCUCAAGUCACUUCCAACGUUCCACCAGAUUCAGGACCUACCACGAUGACUGACAGUGGUCCGAUCCUUCUUGGAGUUCCCAUGCAACGAAAAAGUGAUAUUGCCCAGCAAUUGGCUCCAACGACUGCUCAGGCAACCUCUUCUGAGACUGUCGUGACAAACGGUGUUCAUCUGAGUCAUGACGAUACGCAGCGUCUGACUAAUGGAUCUCAGAGCAACGGACAUGAAGCUGAUGCCACAGGUGAUACACACAUGGAGGGUACAGAGUCACACCCGACUUCGGGCAACAAGAGCAAUGAAACACAGCAGACGCCCACGACCAGUUCUUUUGGUGCUCGCAAUUCCGCUCAGACUCGACCUUGGCACGACUACACUGCGCCUUCACAGCACCUCUUGAAGCAACAGGGAAUCUCACAGCCGCCUUCGCAAACGGCUGCAUUCACUCCCAUGCCACACGGAAGCCAACCAGGACAGUUCCUCAACGACGCUAGCACCACCGAGUCGCCAAAUGAGACCAACAAGAAGACAUCGCCGUCAGAGAACACCCAACAGGAGGUACCGCAAGACUCAGGCCCCGAUCUUUAUCCCUUUGACGAGAGGCGGUCUGCAGGAGGAAGUCAAAUCCCGUCCACUCAAGGUACGGCCACUUCUGCGUUUGAUGGUUCCGAUGACAUCCCAAACUCCCCACUGUCUCAUAACCCGUUGGACCUUACCAAACUGAUACCUGCGACAGGGCAAAAUUCUCAAGCGCAACCUGCCACAGUAGGUGACCGCCCGUCCUCGUCUCAAGGCCAAACCCUCGAGUUCAACUCCCAGCACUCGACGGCCAUGCCUCCCCCAACCGACACGAAGUCUCAACGGCCGUCUAAUGCAAGCCGCGUCGACGAUCUCCUCAACCCUCCAGCUUCCCCGCAACAACCGCCACCCACGGCUCGCCCCAACCUCAUCCAAGUCGAACAACAGGCUCUCUCGAACUUACAUAAAGAAAUCACCGACAAGACUAGUGGUCUGUCAGUGGAACAACUCGAGCAGGUCAACAGUGUGCUGAUGGACACGCUGUGGAGAACGAGGAGUCAGUGGGAUAGGCACAAAGUCAUGGAGAGCAUCGCCGAGGCAUUUUACGACGUCUUGCGAGACAUGGAGGGAGUGGGCCAGGACUUGGGCGAAAUGAGCUGGGGGAGGAAGGACUAG